UACUUUACUCCAAUUUAUUAUUGUAAGAGAGAGUAAAUUUAUGUGAUCAUCUGAUCACACAUAUUUUGUGAUAUAAAUUUUUGUUUUGUAUGUAUUGAAAAGUGGUGGAGGUGGUGGUGAAUAAAAUGCCGACGAGACAGACGGGUAUAAUCUUGACGGCAGGGUGGUGUUGUUGUUGGUGUAUGCGUUAAGAAAAUACAUGUUCAAAAAUUACAUACAUAUAUCACAACGUGGAAUAUCGCAAAUAACAUACAUAUUUACAUAUUUUUAAAAAAAUAUAUUCAUCUUAAAAAAAAAUAAAUAAAGAGUAAAAAGAAAAAAAUAAAAAGUGUCUCUUGUGAGAGUGUGUGUUGUGUGUUGUUGUGUUGUGUUUAUAUUCCUGUCAUCAGGGAUGUUUAUAAUUCCAUCAGUGUAAUUUUAUUUAUCAUCAAAAUAUAUAAAUAAUUUAACUGAUGAUUAUAAUAGUUUAUGAAAUUAUACUGAUGUGUUUAAAUAAAUAAUUGUGAUAAGUGUUAUAUUUAUAAUUUUAACAAUGGCGGAGCGUAUGAAAAUGACGACUCCUGCCAACCGGCCUGUACCAAUGAAGCUUUUUGCAACAUGGGAAGUUGAUCGUACACCACCCAAUUGUAUACCCAGGCUUUGUACAUUGACAUUAUCAAGACUGGUUAUAUUACGAUCACUUGGUGUUGAUUUAACGUCAAUCAGCAUUGCAGUUAAAAUGCAAAGUUCAAAAAGAACAUUAAGAUCUAAUGAAAUAACAUUACCACCAAGUGGAAUACUUGAUACUGAAUUGGAUUUACAAUUUGCAUUACAAUAUCCACAUUUUUUAAAAAGAGAUGGUAAUAAAUUAUUGAUACUAUUACAAAGAAGAAAAAGAUAUAAAAAUCGUACAAUGCUGGGAUAUAAAACACUUGCUGAAGGUUUUGUCAAUAUGGCACAGGUAUUACAAAAACAAAUGGAUUUAGAAUUAGAAUUAAUAUACGAUAAAGCAGAAAAAUACGGUGGUAAUUCAGUUGUACUAGCAAAAAUAAGUGUUGUUGGAUUAACAUCACAACCAGUUGAUCAAGACAAACGUUUAUCAACUGAUGUAAAUGAACGUCUUUGUCCAGAGUACAGUGAUGAAGAGGAAGAAUUUAGUUCAGAAAAUGAAGCUGAGGGUAGUGACAGUGAGCCAACUCUUGAAGUACAUCGAAGAAAAAGUCGUGCUAAAAUGCCAGCAAAUGCAAGACAAAGAAACUUGAAGCAAAAGUUUAUUGCUUUGCUAAAACGUUUUCGUGUCUCUGAAGAAUUGGAACAUGAUCAAGCUGAAAUUGGACAAAAGUUAUCUGGUGGUGAUAUGGAAAUUGAAGAAUUAUUUGAUGAACUUGAAGAUUUAUCUGACAGUGGUCCUGAGUUGGAUACAAUGUCAGUUAGCAGUACACCAAAACCAUCAUUACGACCAUUUUUUAGUUCUAGUCGAUCACUUCUUGCACCAUCAAAUACUGUAGUUACCAGAGAGGAAAGUGGAGCAAAUACAUCACCAGCAACAACACAUGUUCAAUCAUCAUCCAGUCAAAUUGUCAAAGAUAAAUCACGUAAUCGGCAUACAACACCAGAAAGAUGUGGAGAUAGACAGAGUGAUGAUAGUUCAAGACGAGCAGACAGUGAUUCCCAUCCAGAAAAUUGGACAGAUCAUGAGGCAAAUGAUGCACCAACAGUUGUUGCAGGAUCACCACCAAAAUCUGAUUAUCAACAACAACAAAAUAAUAAAACUGAAAAUACCGAUAGAAAAAGUAAAUUAUUUACAAGAGAUAGAGGUACACCAGGUAGUAAUAAAUCGAAAAAACACAGUUUAAGUGUUGAUCUUAAACCACCAAUGGAUUUAAAUAAUUUAGAGCCAAGGAAAGCAUUAGUUGAGCAAUUAUGUCGAGUUUUACCAGAUGAUUGUCUACCAGAAUCAAUAGCUCUUGUGUCACUGUCAGAUCCAGGUGGUGCAGCAUUAGCAGCACGUCUUCAAGAACGUAAUAUCAGAGUUUUAACAACUGCAUCACCAGCAGAUAUUCGUGCUACUUUUACAUGUCUUAUUGCAAGAAUACAAAAAUUCUGCAACAGUUCAGCUAAACCUCCAGUACCAAUAAAAGUUGUGAUAGCUGGUGGUGAUGGUUUUAUAAAUGGUGUAUUAAAACAUUAUGUUGAUUUAUUAAGUUUUCGACCACCAGAUUGGCAACAAUAUCUACGUUUUUUUAUAGUACCACUUGGUUUAAAUACAUUAUCAAAAUAUUUAUGCUCAAUAGAUAAUAAAUAUUCAAUAUUAUUUGGUGAUGAAUGGAAAGAACUUUUAGAACGUGAAGCUGGUGGUGCUGGUGAGGGUGCAGCUAGAGUAUUUGAUUAUUUAAUGAAUUCUGGAACAACACUUUUACUACCAAUUGCUGAGGCAAUGGUUACAUACAGAGAAACAGAUGAUAGUAGUCAAAUAUUUAUUCCAUUUGUAAAUGACGUGAGAGUUGGUUGUCCUGAAAAUAAUACAUCAGCAUCAGUUGAUUUUGAUGAGGCUGGUAUGGCUGUGUCAUAUUCACCACCAAGUUUACCACCACCAAGUUUACCAAUACCACCACCAACUAGAUUAACACCACCAAGUAGUCCAAAUGUCAGUCAACCACGUGAAGGAUGGGAGCCAGUUGAAUUACAAUUAGAUUAUUGGAGUAAACCAACACUUGGUGAUAAGGGUAAAAGUACAUUACGUCAAGCAUUUCGUGCAUUACAUGUACAAAGAUUACCAGCAUUAUGUGAAUAUCCUGGACAAUACUUGUCAAUGAAUUUUACAACAAAAGAAAAAAAACAAAAGAUUAUGAGACUUGGAAAAAAAAAAGAAAAAGAAAAAGAAAAUGAACCAAAGAGUCAGGCUGUUGAUGGUGUUACGAGAUUAAUAUGUUCAGCUAAAACUCACAACAUUCCAUUGAGAGUUACAAUUGAUGGAACUGAAUGGUACGGUGUGAAAUUCUUCCAACUUUCAGCCCAAUGGCAAACACACAUUAAAACAUUUCCUGUUGCAAUGUUAGGAUAUAAUCCAAUCCAACAAACAACGAGUUUCAAUUAAUAUUUUAACGUAAAAAAUUUUUUAUUUAUUAUUAUUUUAUAUUUUAUUAUGAUACUCUGUCGAAUAUUUUUAAAAUUAUUUAUCUUUUCAAGUGUUUAUAUAAUUUUUAUUAUUUUUAUUAUUAUUUCAUGCAAUCCAAAGACAUAUUUUCUUCCUAAAUGAUAUUUUAAUUAUAUCGAAAUAAUCUUCUUUAUUUUUUUCUUUUUAAAGUUUUCAUUUGGUAUUUUUAUUUUGGCAUAUGUCGGCUAUUUCUCGUCAAUUUAUCUGAUGCCAAAAGAAGAAUUAAAAAAAAUUAAUAAUAAUAAUGAUAAUAAUAAUAAUAAUAAUAGAAUUUUUAAAUGAAAACGUGUAUCAUUCCUUGCUCGUUGUUUAAUAACUGUUGUGAGAGGUCAUGAAUAUUUUUCGUAAACUUCAUGACCAAUUUAGACCGAAUUAUUAGAAUUGUGAUUAGAUGAAAAUUAAUUUAUAAAUAAUUAGCACAGUUUAUAAAGUCAUAUUAGUGUUAGCAGCGUGUACUGUUGCCAAGACUGUCUAAUGCCAAAUUCAGAUUAAAAAAAAAAAAAACAAUUAUUGUAUUUAUAUUUUCUGCCAAUUGUCUCGUUAACUCAAAUGCUGAAAAAAAUUAACUCAUUAUUUUUUAUUUAAUUAAAUUUAUAUUUAUUUUUUUUUUUGUUUUAUUAAUUUUUAUAAUUUUUAUCCUUGUUUUUUAUUUUGUAUUUUAAUUAUAUAUUUUUUUUCUUUCGCGCUAGUCUUAAAUUAUUAAUUAAUAAAAAUAAUGACAGUAUUCAAAUACAAGUACUCAUGUAUACUAGUUGUUGAAAUGAACUUUAGAAUUAAAUAAAAGAAUUACAACGGGGUAAAAAAAAAAAAAA